CCCCUCGCCGCCGCCGGAGGGAGGCGGUCAAAUGAUGCUAUCCCUCCCCCCGCGCCGCCGCCACCUCCUCCUCCGCCUCUGGCCUCGCCGGAAACCUACCCUCCUCCGCCUAGCCCUCGGAGCCUACGCCGCCGCCCUCUCCACCGCCCCUACCGCCACCUCCGCCGGCGCCCGCGCCGCCGCCACUCCCAUUUCCGACCGCCUGCGCACCCUCCGCUCCCUACACGCUGUCGACCCCGACAACCUCCUCUCCCACCCCCUCCCCUCCUCCGCCCACGUCUGCCUCGCCGCCCACCUCGCCGCCCGCGCCCGCCUCUUCGCGCACUCCCGCCGCCUCCUCGCCCGCCUGCUCGGCACCGGCCACCGGCCCCACCUCGCCGCUUCGCUCGUCGACCUUCUUCACCGCGCAGCACUCGCGCUGGGGCCCCGCCACAGUGCUCUCCCCUCCGUCGCCGACACCCUCCUCUCCCUGCUCGCCGACCGCGGCCUCCUCGACGACGCCGUCCGCGCCGUUGCCCGCGUGCGGGAGCUGCGCGUGCCACCCAACACCCGCACCUGCAACCACAUUCUCCUCCGCCUUGCCCACGACCGCCGCGGCGGGCUUGUCAAGCGGCUCUUCGACCAGCUGCCCGCGCCCAACGUGUUCACGUUCAACAUCGUGAUCGAUUUCCUGUGCAAGGAGGGGGAGCUUGCAGAGGCAAGGGCACUCUUGCUUAGGAUGAAGGCUAUGGGCUGCUCGCCAGACGUCGUCACUUACAAUUCUUUGAUUGACGGGUAUGGCAAGCGCGGGGAGCUGGAGGAGGUGGAGUUGCUGGUGGGGGAGAUGAGGAAAUCUGGAUGUGCAGCUGAUGCUGUCACGUACAAUGCAUUGGUCAAUUGCUUUUGCAAAUUUGGGAGGAUGGAGAAGGCAUACAGCUACUUUGGGGAGAUGAAGAAGCAGGGAGUGAUGGCAAAUGUGGUCACAUUUAGCACUUUUGUUGAUGCAUUUUGCAAAGAGGGUUUGGUCCGGGAAGCAAUGAAGCUGUUUGCACAGAUGAGGGUUAGGGGAAUGAUGCCGAAUGAGUUCACUUAUACUUCAUUAGUUGAUGGCACUUGCAAGGCAGGGAGACUUGAUGAUGCUAUUGUAUUGCUUGAUGAAAUGGUACAGCAGGGGGUAGCACUGAAUGUGGUCACGUACACUGUUUUGGUUGAUGGCCUUUGCAAAGCGGGUAAGGUUGCUGAAGCGGAUGGUGUUUUGAGGCUGAUGGACAGAGCUGGAGUAAAAGCCAACGAAUUGCUGUACACUACACUGAUCCAUGGCCACUUCAUGAAUAAGAACAGUGAAAGAGCUUUGGAUUUAUUAAGUGAGAUGAAGAAUAAAGGAAUGGAACUUGAUGUUUCACUCUAUGGCACCCUCAUUUGGGGUCUCUGUAAUGUUCAAAAGGUGGAUGAAGCUAAGAAGCUGUUACAUAAAAUGGAUGGCUGUGGUUUGAAACCAAAUAAUGUCAUCUAUACGACAAUAAUGGAUGCUUGCUUUAAAGCAGGAAAAGAGUCAGAGGCCAUUGCCCUGCUCCACAAGAUGCUGAAUUCUGGGUUCCAGCCUAAUGUUGUAACUUAUUGUGCAUUAAUUGAUGGAUUGUGCAAAGCAGGAUCAAUCGCUGAGGCAGUCUCCCAUUUUAACAAAAUGAGAGACUUAGGUCUAGAACCAAAUGUACAGGCUUACACUGCCCUAAUUGAUGGGUUUUGCAAGAACGGCUCCUUGGAUAAGGCUAUGCAGUUGUUGAAUGAAAUGGUUGACAAGUGUAUGUCUCUUGACAAAGUUGUAUACACUUCUCUUAUUGAUGGGUACCUGAAGCAGGGAAAUCUCCAGGAUGCCUUUGCACUCAAGGCCAAGAUGAUCGAAAGUGGUUUGCAACUCGAUCUUUAUACAUAUACAUGCUUCAUUUGGGGCUUCUGUAAUAUGAAUAUGAUGGAAGAGGCUAGAGAAGUUCUUUCAGAAAUGAUUGGGAAUGGUAUUACUCCUGAUAAAAUGGUUUAUAACUGUCUGAUAAGCAAAUACCAGAAACUGGGGAACAUGGAGGAAGCAUCAAGUCUUCAGACUGAAAUGGAAAGUGUUUUAAUCUCUUGUAAAGAAGAUGAUACUGUUUCUGGUGGUGAAACCUGAGCUUGCGCUUGUACAAGCAUGGAAGCACAUGGUGCUGUGUGGUUCAGUAUGCUUCUGAUACUUUUAUCUCAGUCAAGUUGCUCAACAAUCUUCAUUGGAUGCCAAAUUUGAGAAGGCAGGACAAAUAUUCCCAUUAGCUUGGAUACAGAACCUAGCAAACAAAUGAGGGGAUUUUGCUGCAGUCAAAGGAGGAACUCAAGUUUUGAAAUGCUGCAAUGGUUAAUACCAUUUACCAUACUUGCACUGACUGAUGCCAGUAUCAGAUGAUUCGAGUGUGUGAAGCAUCUAUGGGAAUUCACUGAAAGUAAUUUUUAGUCAAGCAGCAUAUGUCAUCAGUAAUUGGUUGCUGAAUAUGGACUCAGUUUUCCUAUGGCCCCGUGAGGACCUCAUUGUAAUUUGGUCCAAUCAAAAGAUGUCAGUUGAUUAAUGGACUAUACACAUACGGAACCUUUACUCAUGUUACUAAAGGAGUCUCACACAAACCUAAUGAAGAUUUAGACUUUGCACCUCCUUGUCUCCUGUCACGUGUUCAUCCUUCGAUUGAGAUCCAUCCUUCAUUCCUAAUUGAACUGAUCGAUGCAGCAUCAGAAACAGCACAGAGCUCUAAUAACACCAUAUCCUUCUGCAAUCUUCUUUUGGAAAACCACAACAUAUUGUCAAGAGUGCACAUACUGAUGUUCAAAAGAAAUCAGUAUUCUAGAUGACAGGCUUUUCCUGGUAGUAUGUACUUUACACAGAAAUAUGUUGACUCGGUCAGAUCCACACAAGCAAAUAUUCAUUAUGAAUGAUAAUUGCUCAUGGAUCAAAUGGUGAAGUUGAAAACUCACUCAUGAAAGGUUGGAUAGCUCAGAUUUAUACUAGCAACAGGAUAAGCCUAUCGGGAACUGGAAGAAUAUCAUAGGGGCCUCAGCCGACUGGUUUCAUCUUGAUGUUUGCUAUAUAUGGCCUGCAAGUUCGACCAGGAUCAUUCCUUCAUUUUUUUUAGAAAAUGGAAGUAGUCUCCGGCCUCUGGGAGUGCAAACAGCCACCAACCAUUCCUUCAUGCAAACCAUCAGAAGCAAUCUCAUGCUUGCUCAGGACACAAGAGCACUGUGCUUCAAGGAAGGAAACAUAUAGGUGAUGCUUGACAAUGACAUGAGAAACUGGGAAUGAGAUUGAAAUAUGUUGUUCCGAAGAAGUUUUCGGCGAUUGAGAAGAACAGGAGUCGUGGGGACUGGUAUACUUAGUCCUGCAGGCUGAGAGGACGAUGGAGCCAAUUUUUUGUAGGCUGCCAUCUCGUUAGAUAAUUGAUAUUCUGAAUAACAUGUCACAAACAUUACACAGAUCGUGUGAAUAGAGGCACAUGGAAUCUGUACACAGAUAGGUCUAGCCGUCCAGGUAUCUUCACAAAUAUCAGUUUUGCACAUAGGUUGAUUCACUACAUUGAGUUUCCUAACUAUUUUUUUGA